GGAGUUGGUCCCAUGGAUGGCGCGCUUCAGGAAGUCCGCGAAAUGUUUGAGCGCGGUGCUUGGGUCAGGCCCCAGACGGCAUCUGCCCGUUCCGCUUAUACGGCCGCCGUCAGCCCGCGCUACUGCGCAGCGCAUUGCCGCGGCCAUGGUGCUCCUGCCGGAGGACUGGGCGGCGGCGGCGCGGAAGGUGCAAGCGCCGCGCCGUGACGCGGUCUGCGGCGCCGGCCUAUGUUGAAGCCGUGCGUGUGGUGGCCCGGGGGUUGGUUGCCUGCUGUUCGUGCAGUGACGUGACUAGUUUGUUAGCUGUGGGUCAGCACGGACUGUGCACCCAACCCAACCGGCAAAGUCCGGCAUUGCGGGGAUGCCAUAGGCAAUCAUAGGCCCCCAACAUAGAUGCGUGUGCUUAAUAGGUGCCGCGUCAGGUGUCUGGUGUCCAUUGGGCACCAGGAGGGGAGGGUUCCAUCACGAGCCCUUUUCCUGCCCUCUCGGGCAGACAUCUUGUUUAAGCUCUUGGCGUGGCGGAUGUCGAAGGUGGGCCGUCUCCACUACGCUUUGCUGUUGUAGCUGUCGUGAGCGAAACACGUGCAUGUGUGUCUGUACCACUCGAACAUGAGAUGGGGCUAGAAGGUUAUGUGUUUUGAUGUUGUUUCCUGAUAUCUGUCGGCGACAGCACGGUACACGUGCUUGUUCCGAUAGCGCGUGCACCAGCGCACAUGUGGGCACGCUUGCGCUGGCCUGUGAACUUGAGCGCAGUUUCGCCAGCUUCGCCGUCUUUUUGUGAGUUUUUGGUGCAUUUGAUUGGUGCCAGCGCGAUUUGAUGUGUCUUGGCGGAUAGCGUGUUGUUCUGCUGCUGCGUUUUGCUGUGUGUCGAGAUGUGCUUGUUGGCCAAUCAAGUACUGCCCGAGAUACGAUACCGUAAUGGUGUCUGUUGCUCAUUGAGGAGGAUUACUCCACUUGCCGGAGUGCUAGUUCAUUUGCCUGGGCUGCCGCCGCUGCCGGGCCAAUCCAUAGGGGCGUUGUCAUGACAGUUGGUGACAGGGCGCUCAGGCUGUAAUGAGGAUGGAUG